CCCAAGUCCAACGAAAUUCCCUGCGCUCCAAAUAUUUUGAAUUCCCUCUCUUUCUCCCAAAGCUUUAUUUUUAACUUUUAAUUUUCCGAGUGUUUUCCAGAUUUGGCUGUCGGGAGAAGCCCAAUGGCCACCACCCCAGUGAACUGGGAACCUGACGAUGAGUGGGAACUCAUCAACGAUGACGGUUUCGUCUACAAACGCAGGAAACGUCCCCGUGUCGACCUUCCUUCCUCCAGUUCGGCACCGGGGCUACCGGAUCCGGCCGUUGAAGAGCAGAACCGCCGGCAAAGGAAGAAAAGAGCACUCCUCAAGCUCAAACACAAGUACCAACAAGAGAUCGAACAGUGGGUACAUUUGUCGAACACCUUGAAGGACAUGCAGCAAAAUUCUCGACAACCCAAUGACGCUGCUACGUCGUCUGACCAAGUCACAACGACUUCCCCAGUCCCUCCUGAACAAUCGUCGGACUCCGCUUGCCGGCAUCUUGCCGAUGAACUUCUCUUGCAGGCGGAAGCCCAAAAAUCUAUAAUUGAAGAUGUAGCAAGGCUAUGCGAUGUGGCCGAAGCCUUGUGUAGCGCAAGAGAGGAGAAUUUUACGAAAUCCUUCACUGAGCUGCCGGUAUGGGCGUCGAAGCCGCAUGAGCUGAUGACGUCACUCUACGAAGAUUGAUUUAGUUCAGGAGUAAAAUGCCUUUUUAAAGUUCCUUCUUCUACUCCGUUAGGACCGUUACAGACUUCUCUGCGAUCCAGGAAGGCCGAAAGGAGGGAGAUCCCCAAGAAACCCUUGGGUUGGGCACUUGUCUAUGGCUGCCCUUUUGGAUGGAAGAAAUACGACCAAAAACGCCGCGCCAUGGGCCUUCUCACUCCAUAAAUUAUGUGAAAUUUUAAAGACAUUCGAGAUGUAAUUCAUGUAUAAUAUGACUCUGGUUUGAUUGCUAUCCUUUCUGGUUAUAUUUCAACAGAUUUUACAAAUUCAUAGGGGAAGAACUAUUAAGUGGUUUGACCCUAGAAAACUCCUAUC